GCCUCUCCGAAAAAAGUUGGGCGCGCCCAGUAAGGUUUGUGGUGCGAAUAACUUCCGAGUUUUCGACUUCUUUGAGACUUGAGAGCUAUGGAUAUAAUUCGGAAACCGCUACACCGCCGCCAUUUUUUGUCUCGUCUGACAACCUCAUUGGUUGCGAGCAAACACAUUUCCUGCUCCUCUGAUUCAUCUUCAGACACCAGUGAUCUGUGCUCCCAAAAAUUGGAUUCUCAGUUGAGAUCACAUCUAUGCGCAAAGCAUUGCCCUAGUUCAUCCGCGUUAGUUGAGGCUGUGCGCCUCUUUGAGCAUGCAGUUUUUGAUUUGAGACAAUGUCCCCAUGCGUCUACAUGCAAUUUUCUUGUUGAAACUCUGGUAAAGAACAAGGCAUAUGGACUUGCAUUUGAUACAUAUGGUAAAAUUACCCACACCCUUGGUUCUGCUCAUUUUACGCAUAGUUUUUUAACUCUAGCCGCCUUGGUUGAGAUUUUUGUGCACACUCACAUGCCCGAUUUGGCCUUUUCUGUGUUUGGGUUGAUUUUUAAGCGAGGUUUUGUGAUCAAUGUGUACCUCUUUAAUAUGUUGUUGAAAGGCUUCUGUGAAAAUGGGAUGGUUCACAAGGGGGUGGAACUUUUCCUUGGAUUGUGUGGGAAAAUGGUAUCCCCUGACAGAGUUAGCUAUAACACCCUCAUUAAAGGGCUUUGCAAGGUGAACAAAUUGCAGGAGGCUUUGAACUUGAGGGUUGGUAUGGAAAAUGCAAACCUUACUCCCAAUGUGCUCACAUAUACUAUACUGAUGGAUGGGCUUUUCAAGGAAGACAGGGAGGUGGAUGAAGCAAUGGGAUUGCUGGAUGAGAUGAAGAUCAAGGGUUUGGAACCUGAUGUGUUUACCUAUACCAUACUUAUAAAUGGACUUUGCAGUAAAGGUAAUGUGAACAAAGGCAAGGAGGUGUUUGAUGAAAUGCUAGUGCAAGGGGUAUCUCCGAAUGUAGUAACAUAUACGUCUUUGAUAAAUGGCUUUUGUAAGAAGGGCCAGCUGAAAGAAACCAUGAUGAUGUUCAAUUCUAUGUUGGAGCGUGGAGUCAAGCCUGAUAUUGUCACAUUCACCAGCAUAAUAAAUGGGCUUUGCACAGGCGGAAGGGCAGACAAAGCAUUGAAGGUGUUUAAUUCGAUGCUUGGAAAGGGUGUAGUGCCUGGAAGUAUAACUUACAAUGUUCUGCUUCGUGGGCUUUUUGAUAAGGGAUUAUUAACCGAAGCGUAUAAUAUCUUACAACUAAUGAUAGAGAAGGGUGAGAAACCAGAUGUGGUGACCUACAAUACCAUCCUGCAGGGGUUUUGUUACAAUGGGAAGGUAGAUCAUGCCAUGUCACUGUUUAACUCAAUGUUGACAGACAAGAAGAUUUAUACUGAACCAGAUGUUAGAACAGUUAUUGUUUUGGUUCAAGCACUGUGUCAAGAAAAACGCAUUGAUGAAGCUACGGAGGUUCAUAGUAAGAUGGCGGUUGAUAACAAAAAACUUGUUGAUGUGCGAACUUUCACUGUUCUCAUUGGAGCUUAUCUAAAGGAGGAACAUAAUGUUGAGCAAGCUCUGUGUAAAUGGAAGCAGAUGACCAAACUUGGUUUUAUUCCAGACUCACUUUCCUUCAGUUCCUUAAUUGAUGGAUUUUGUAAGUUAAAAAUGCUAAACAUUGCAAAGGGGAUUUUUCUAACCCUGAAGAACCGCACAGUGUUUGAUUAUAACUCAGUCAUGGCAGCUUUGUGCAAGGAAAGCAGCUUUGAACAAGCAAGGAGGUUGAUUCAGGAGAUGAUAAGUGAUGGGAAGUGUAAACCUGAUUCUGUCUCGUACAAUAUCAUCAUUGAUGCGGCUUUGGAAUCAGGAAAUUGGCAGCUUGCUGAAGAACUACUAACCCAAAUGCUUCAAAGGGGUUUGAACCCCGAUGCUUUCACCUUUUCUAUACUAAUAAGUAGGUUUUCAAACCUAGGACAGAUUGAGGUGGCUAAGAAAUUGUUUGACAAAAUGGUUGCAUCUGGCCUCACACCCGGCAUCCAUGUAUAUGAUUCUUUACUCAAGGGAUUUAGUCUUAAAGGCGAACCAGAUGAAAUUAUUCAUAUGCUUCACCAAAUGGCUGCUAAAGGAAUUGUUUUAGACUCUAAAAUCACUUCAACUAUUUUAAGAUGUAUUUGUGACACGUCUGAAGAUCUCAAUUUGGCAGAGCUUCUUCCAAAGUUUGCUGAGCAACAAUCAAAAGAAAUAUGUGUUCCAUGUGAUGCGUUACUGAUAAAGAUCCAAAAGAGUCUUCACAAGCGUCAGACAUGUUCAGCUUGAUUCUCAGACUUCAGUCACUUGUUCGCCAUAUGCUCUGCCGCAACAUUGGUGACGGUGUUGAAAGCUAACCCUUGUGCUCAGGAAUCUGGUUCUAUUUGUCUGCUGUUUGAUUCAGCCUACUAUGCUUUGCUCAUAUGUCUGGACAUUUUCAAUGUGGAUCAUUGGGUUAAAAUGGAUUAACAAAUACGCCCUAGAUCAGACCUUCAUUAAUUAUCCACCAUCUACAAGCAAGCAACAUAUAAACUACAUCAACACACAACCAGGGGAACCUUAGACUUAUCCAAAGUCUGAGCUAUUUCAGCUUGUCUCGAUGCAAGCAUAAAACUGUGACAAGCCAGGCAAGGCCUGACAUAAACCGAGUGACAUACAACAACAACAACAUUACCCUGGUGCCGCAAAGGCUCCAACCAACGGUGGGGUAGGGGGUUAGAUGUACGCAGUCUUACCCCGUACUAAAGUAGAGAGAGACUGUUUCUGAAUGACCCAUGAUGAAAAUUGCGUAGAAAAUUGCAUUGUUGAUUGUUGUUUCAUAACAAACAAGCAUAGACAUAUAUUGAGCCAUUUUAUUUUAUUCCAUCAUAUUCUCAAGCCAAAAAAUAGUAAGUCUUUGACUCCAUUGGAAAUGAUGGAAAAACAUAAACUAAGUGAGAUGUAGUUAUUAAAAUCUUUGAUUAAAUCUUUGAACUUGUAUGUACUUGACUAGUAUGGUCUCCUUUUUAGUAAUAUUGACGUUUAUCAUGUCAUUCAUUCAUUCAUCACCAUUACCCCAGUGCCACAAAGGCUCCCACCUACGGUGAGGUAAGGAGGGUCGAAUGUACGUAAUCUUAGAGCAUCCACAAUGAGAAAAUUGGUUGCUAAAAAAUGAAUUGCCACAUCAGAUAAAUACACUUUGUGGUAAAUUUACUUACUCCAACGCAAAUGUGUAUAAACCCUGCGUUGCUGACUUGGAACGAAAAAAACGCACGCCCUCUACUUCACCUUCUACUUUCAGCAAGGCUUUUCCACACUCUGACUCAGCCAAAAAUUCGAUUGUCCUGGAAGUUCUUGGCGGCAAUUGAAAAUAUUUCCGCCAAACUCAAAAUCGCAUGCUCCAAAAAGGGUCGUUAAACUCCUUUUCCAUCGUUUCUUCUUUGCACUUGGUUUUCACAUCUGGUUUUCUCAUCGUCAUCGUCUCUUCGCACGUGGUUCGCAUCGGCUAUUCUCACCUGCGUUAGUCUGAAAGCUUCCAGGUAUUUUUUUAACUCUUCUCCGACCAAUUGGUAAAUUGCCGACCCGGACUCUUGUUCAACGUAUGCUGCAACCCUUUUUUUGGUCUUUUCCUGGAUCCUCUUUUUUUGAUAGGAGAUGAAUAUUUUAUUUCUAUUUUGAAAAUCUGGUUCUUUUCUGAACCAGACCUUAUGAUUUUUAUUCAUGUAGUGCCAUUAGUUUCUGACAAACUGAUGUUGAAAGCCCAAAAUAUUUUCAUGCGAAUUAGCCUCAACACAACCAAGCUUCUUUGGCUCUGCACUACUGCAAAUAGAAAUAGUUAAUCAAAUUGAAUACUUAUUGUAAUAUAGGCUAAUGUAUACAGAACUGGACAAGUAAUUAGACUGCUUGGGGAAUCAAAUCCUGCCUUAUCUAUGAUGAUUAAGGCCUUAUUUGGUUGCACUGGUCGGGUUAUUUCAACUUGUGGCUGAAAUAGUUUUUACCAAACAUGUUUUCUUAUAAUUCAGUCUGGCGGCUUAAAAUCACAGGCUUUGGACUUUUCAGUAUGACGAGUCUAACAAAUUGGUUAAUCUCAUGCAAAAUUCAACAAGUAAUCUCCAAUCGCUUGUAGUAUCAAACCCUUGGCUUAUCAAUGAUGAUGAUGCCCUUGUUUGAUAGCAUUAACUGUCUUAUUUGACUCACUUAUCUGGUUUAAAUCUACUUUAACAAACGUGUUUUCUUGAAAAGAUUCAGGCAUGUCAGCCAAAUGAGUUUUACCAUAUGUAUUCUAAGUUAUUUGUGUGUCAUGCAUUCUACUUUCAUGUGUAUUGGUUUAAGCAUCGUGCCCAUACAGUGUAUUUGGGGUAUACACUAAGAUUUAAGCCCUUAUGGGUGACACAACCCAUUUUGGUCAUCAGCCAUUCAGUGUGACUUUAAUUAUUGAUAGAUUUCAUGUUGCUGAAGUUAUCCUAGACCUUUUUUUCAUGUAAUGACACCAUAAUUGUCCAUUCCUUCAACUGCCUAAAAUAAUAAGAGAAAACCAAGUUAAUUAACGAAUAAUAUUAUAACAGAGAGUUAUUAUAACACACAACUACAAAGAAUUAGGGAAAUAAUUACCAGGCCUUUGUAUUUCAUAGUCAUAUCCAGAGUGUGAUAGAAGAAAAGUACAUCUAUUAAUCAAUUUUUUAGCAUCAUUGAAUGAAUGAUUUGAAUAUGCAUUAUGUGUCAAUUACAGUGCCACUUUACAGUUUCUAACUUGAAAUAACCAGGUUAUUAAUCUUAUUGAAAUAAUGAUUUAUACAUAGAUGGAGUCAACAUCGUAGCCAUUUGCAUACCAUGAACAUCUUCAGAAAAACACUGAAGUAAAUGAUCUCACUUCUCAGCCUGGAAGUGCAUCACAGAUUAACACACAAUCGUCAAUGUUUGCAUCUAACCAGUUCGGUCCAUCAAACAUAGCUUUCAGUCCUAAUUUUAUGAUGAAUCCUGCAUUUGUUCCUACUCACUCACCCUUUGGGUAUGGAUUUGCUUUUCAUGAUCUUUCAAACUCUUCUAAUAUUCCAUUGGAGAGUGAUGUUACUAAAACGACCAAAGCAGCAAAAAAAAGUAACAAGGUCAUAGAAAAUACUAGUAUCUCUCCCACGGGAGGAGGGAGUAAAAACUGGAGCAAAGACGAAGAUGUAGCACUAACGAAGGCAUGACUAUAUAUUUCCGUUGAUGCUGAUGUCGGGAACAAUCAAAUGAUUGCUAAUAUGUGGAAUCCCAUCUUCCAAGUUUGGAGGGAGAAUAUGGGUACUUAUGAUGAGUCUCGCACAACAAAUGGCUUACAAGCUCGUUGGGGUAAGAUCGUAGCUGCAGUGAAUAAAUUUCAUGCUUUAUAUGAACGACUACAAAGACAUCCAAAAAGUGGAGCAAGCCAUGACGAUAUGAGGCGAGAGGCAAUGCGCAUGUAUGAAGAUAUUAAUAAUGGUCAGUCUUUCAAGUAUGAGUAUUGUUGAGAGAUCUUGAAAACAAAUUCAAAAUGGUGCGUAAAGGAGGUCACUAGGAGCAAAGAUAACUCUAAGCAAAAAGCUGCCAAUGGAAGUGGUGAUACCCGAGUAACAACCCAACCAGGGAGUUCAGGAAAUGAAGGUGAAAAGUGUACCAAUGUAGAUGUUAAUGAUGAUGGUAAAUGCAAUGAUAUUGAACGCCCUGAAGGAAGAAAGGCUACUAAAGAAAAAAAGAGGAGGUUGAAUGAUGAAAAAUUAGUAGUUGAUGCUUUCAAUAAGUUACAAACUACAAUGGAAAAACAGAUUUGUAUUAGUCAAGAAGAGCUCAAAAUGAAGGGGAAAAAGGACUUAAAAGACUUUGAGUUACGAGAAAAGAUAAUGGAAAGAGAGUUGAAGCUAAAAGAAUAUGCUCAAAGAUCGAAGGAGAAGGAUCAACAGUUAAAAGAGGUUGCUCAAAAGUUUAGGGAGAACGCUCAAGAGAGACAAGAACAAGAGCGUAUUUUGAAUCAAGAUGUCACCAAACUUCCCGUAAGCAUUAGAGAGACAUUUGAGAUGUAUCAAGCUCAAAUUUUAAAGGAAUGAGAAAAGGAUGGUCUUUUUGGUGGGAAUUACAGUUAAAGAAGCUCAAAACUUGAGGAAGCUAAAUAGUAAUACUUGCUGGAACACUAGAAACAUUAUGUGUGAAGACUAGUUAUUUAUUUUUUAUGAAUUUGUUUUUGCUUUGGUAGUUUGGAACAAUUGUUUUUAUUGUUUGGAUAAACUUUAGGUCUGUGGAGUAAUAGACAUGAGAUAGUAGACUUUUUCUAGUUUAUAUUGAUUGUGUCCACUUAUUCUUUCAUUAUGUUUUAUUCUUAGUAUUCCACCUAAAUGGGGAUAAAAUGAGCUGCUGCAACUUUAGUAUGCAAUGUUUAUAGCGGGUUAGAGCAUCCAAAUUGAUCUAAAUGUGAACAAUUUGUCAGAAUUCUGAAAACAACAUAAUACUAAAUGCAUUAUUGUUGGUUGG